GUACCUGCAGAUGGUGUCCAUUGUCAGUGCUGUCCAGCGCACACCAGGCUGAUCCAUGGUCACUUUCCGGGAUGGCAGCAAGGUGACUUCAGCUGAGGAUGACCCUGACUGAAAGGCUGCGCGAGAAGAUAUCUCAGGCCUUCUACAACCAUGGGCUGCUCUGCGCAUCCUACCCCAUCCCUAUCAUCCUCUUCACGGGGCUCUGCAUCUUAGCCUGCUGCUGCCCGCUGCUGAAACUGCCCCUGCCAGGGACAGGACCGGUGGAGUUCACCACGCCCGUGAAGGACUACUCGCCCCCGCCUGCGGCCCCUGACCACAAACCAGGGGAGCCCAGUGAGCGGCCAGAGUGGUACGUGGGUGCCCCCGUGGCUUACAUCCAGCAGAUAUUUGUGAAGUCCUCGGUGUCUCCCUGGCACAGGAAUCUCCUGGCAGUGGAUGUGUUCCGUUCCCCUCUGUCCCGGGCAUUCCAGCUGGUGGAGGAGAUCCGGAACCACGUGCUGAGAGACAGUUCCGGUACCAGGGGCCUGGAGGAGGUGUGCCUGCAGGUGACCGACCUGCUGCCAGGCCUCAGGAAGCUCCGGAACCUACUUCCUGAGCAUGGGUGCCUGCUGCUGUCCCCUGGGAACUUCUGGCAGAAUGACCGGGAACGCUUCCAUGCUGAUCCUGACAUCAUCGGGACCAUCCACCAGCACGAGCCCAAAACCUUACAGACCUCAGCCACGCUCAAAGACUUGCUCUUCGGCGUUCCUGGGAAGGACAGCGGGGUGAGCCUCUACACCAGGAAGAGGAUGGUCUCGUACACCAUCACACUGGUCUUCCAGCGCUACCAUGCCAAGUUCCUGGGCAGCCUGCGGGCCCGCCUCAUGCUCCUGCACCCCAGCCCCAACUGCAGCCUGCGCGCCGAGAGCCUGGUCCACGUGCACUUCAAGGAGGAGAUUGGCAUUGCCGAACUCAUCCCCCUCGUCACCACCUACAUCAUCCUGUUCGCCUACAUCUACUUCUCCACACGCAAGAUCGACAUGGUCAAGUCCAAGUGGGGGCUGGCUCUGGCUGCCGUGGUCACAGUGCUCAGCUCGCUGCUCAUGUCUGUGGGGCUCUGCACACUCUUCGGCCUGACACCCACCCUCAACGGCGGCGAGAUUUUCCCCUACCUUGUGGUGGUUAUUGGGUUAGAGAACGUGCUGGUGCUCACCAAGUCCGUGGUCUCGACCCCAGUGGACCUCGAGGUGAAGCUGCGCAUCGCCCAAGGCCUCAGCAGUGAGAGCUGGUCCAUCAUGAAGAACAUGGCCACGGAGCUGGGCAUCAUCCUCAUUGGCUACUUCACCCUGGUGCCCGCCAUCCAGGAGUUCUGUCUGUUUGCCGUCGUGGGCCUGGUGUCAGACUUCUUCCUUCAGAUGCUGUUCUUCACCACUGUCCUUUCCAUUGACAUUCGCCGGAUGGAGCUAGCAGACCUGAACAAGCGGCUGCCCUCGGAGGCCUGCCUGCCCCCAGCGAAACCAGUGGGGCGGCCAGCACGCUUCGAGCGGCAGCUGGCCGUGCGGCCCUCCACACCCCACACCAUCACACUGCAACCGUCCUCCUUCCGAAACCUGCGGCUACCCAAGAGGCUGCGCGUCAUCUACUUCCUGGCCCGCACCCGCCUGGCACAGCGCCUUAUCAUGGCCGGCACCGUCGUCUGGAUUGGCAUCCUGGUGUACACAGACCCAGCAGGGCUGCGCACCUACCUUGCCGCCCAGGUGACCGAACAGAGCCCGCUGGGCGAGGGCGCCCUGACUCCCAUGCCCGUGCCUAGUGGCGUGCUGCCCGCCAGCCACCCGGACCCUGCCUUCUCCAUCUUCCCACCUGAUGCCCCUAAGUUACCCGAGAACCAGACGUUGCCUGGAGAGCCACCUGAGCCUGGGGGCCCAGCAGAGGGUGCCCAUGACAGCCCUGUCCCGGAGGUAACGUGGGGGCCUGAGGAUGAGGAACUCUGGAGGAGGCUCUCCUUCCGCCACUGGCCUACGCUUUUCAGCUAUUACAACAUCACACUGGCCAAGAGGUACAUCAGCCUGCUGCCCGUCAUCCCGGUCACGCUGCGCCUGAACCCCAGAGAGGCUCUGGAGGGGCGGCACCCCCAGGACGGCCGCAGCGCCUGGCGCCCGCGACAGCCCGGACCAAGUGGGCUCUGGGAGGCCGGCCCCAGGGCGCCGGGCGUGGCGCCGGCCCACGGCGACGACCCCUGCCUGAUCGACACCAACUUCUCGGCCCAGCCGAGUCUCUCGGAACCCACGCAGCCCGAGCCCCGGCACCGGGCAGGCUGCAGCCGUGCUCGCGACGGUCCGGGCUACGACUUCAGCCGCCUGGUGCAGCGCGCGUACCAGGAGGACGGCCUGGCGCCCAGCCGCACGCCAGCCCUGCGCCCGGCCUCCCCUGGGCCCGGGCCGCCCCUGACCCCCGAGGACGAGGGGGGCUGUCCUCCCGAGAAGGGCUCCCCUUCCCUGGCCUGGGCCCCCAGCGCAGACGGCUCCAUCUGGAGCUUGGAGCUGCAGGGCAGCCUUAUCGUGGUGGGGCGGAGCAGCGGCCGCCUGGAGGUGUGGGACGCCAUCGAGGGCACACUGCGCUGCAGCAGCGAGGAGGUGUCCUCGGGCAUCACGGCCCUCGUCUUUCUGGAUAAAAGGAUUGUGGCUGCCCGACUCAACGGUUCCCUGGAUUUCUUCUCCUUGGAGACCCACACUGCCCUCAGCCCCCUGCAGUUCCGAGGGACUCCAGGGCGGAGCAGUUCCCCCACGUCCCCUGUGUAUAGCAGCAGUGACGCAGUAGCCUGUCGCCUGACCCACACCGUGCCCUGUGCACACCAGAAACCCAUCACAGCCCUGAAGGCCGCGGCUGGGCGACUCGUGACUGGGAGCCAGGACCACACGCUGAGAGUGUUCCGUCUGGAGGACUCGUGUUGCCUCUUCACCCUGCAGGGCCACUCGGGGGCCAUCACAGCUGUGUACAUUGACCAGACCAUGGUGCUGGCCAGUGGAGGACAAGAUGGGGCCAUCUGCCUGUGGGAUGUGCUGACCGGCAGCCGGGUCAGCCACAUGUUCGCUCACCGUGGGGACGUCACCUCCCUCACCUGUACCACGUCCUGCGUCAUCAGCAGUGGCCUGGAUGACCUCAUCAGCAUCUGGGAUCGGAGCACCGGCAUCAAGCUCUACUCCAUUCAGCAGGACCUAGGCUGUGGUGCAAGCUUGGGGGUCAUCUCCGACAACCUGCUGGUGACUGGCGGCCAGGGCUGUGUCUCCUUUUGGGACCUAAACUAUGGGGACCUGUUACAGACCGUCUACCUGGGGAAGAACAGUGAGGCCCAGCCCACCCGCCAGAUCCUGGUGCUGGACAACGCCGCCAUCGUCUGCAACUUUGGCAGUGAGCUCAGCCUGGUGUACGUGCCCUCCGUGCUGGAGAAGCUGGACUGAGCGGGGGCGGGAGCUGCGGUGCACCGCUGAGUCUUCCGGAAGCUGUCUCUGAACUGUCCUGUCCUGCCUUAUGACUGUAAUGAUAUUAAACUUUUUUUUUUUUUAAUC